AUUAUAAUGUCUUCACCGCAGAUCAUAAAGCAGAGGGUCUUCACGUGCCUAACCAAACUCUCCGAUCGCGACACGCAAUCCCUCGCCGCCACCGAACUCGAGUCUAUUGCUCGGAACCUUGACGCAACCACCGUUCCGGUGUUCCUCUCCUGCAUAAACUCCACCGAUGCCUCCGACAAAUCUCCGGUUCGUAAGCAAUGCGUGCAACUCCUAGGGUUACUCUCCGAGACGCACGGAAAUUCUCUUUCUCCUUACCUUCCCAAAAUCCUCUCCGGCAUCGUUCGCCGCAUCCGCGACCCGGAUUCGUCGGUCCGAUCCGCGUGCGCGAAUUCGGUUUUGGCAUUGUCGAGCCACGUCACCAAGCAACCGUUUUCGUCUUUUCUGAAGCCGUUGACGGAGGCUCUGUUCACGGAGCAAGACCAGAACGCGCAGAUUGGAGCGGCGCUUUGUCUGGCUUCGGCCAUUGAUGGAGCUCCGGAUCCGGACCCGGCCAGGCUGGCGAAGCUGCUGCCGAGGUUCGAGAAGCUGCUGAAACGCGAGGGGUUCAGGGCAAAGCCGGCGCUCUUGACGGUGAUCGGAAGCGCCGUCGAGGCCGGCGGCGCGUCCUGUCACGCGGCCUUGAGGAAUUUGGUUCCUUGCUUGGUGGAAUCGUUGAGCAGCGUCGACUGGGCGACGAGGAAGGCUGCUGCGGAGGCACUGGUGGUGUUGGCGAACGUGGAGAGGGAUUUCUUAUCGGAAUUCAAGGCUGAGUGUUUGAAAGUUUUCGAGAAUCGACGAUUUGAUAAGGUAAAGGUAGUUCGGGAAGUUAUGAAUCAGAUGUUGGAAGCGUGGAAGCAGAUUCCUGAUGUUUCUGAUGAAUUUUCGCCACCUCCUCAAUCGCAUUCUUCUUCGAAAGAGAACGCAAGUGAUGGGCGCUAUCCCCCUGUCUCUCAAAAUUCAUGUAGUCCUGGUUCAGUAAUGGGAAAUUUGCGGAAGAAAUCCACCCCUAUUAGUAGAUUCAGUGAUAGUUCUUCUGCUAGCAAUGCUAAGAAUGUGAGUGCUCUAAGUAGUAACAAGAGAAUGAGUUCAGCGCUAAAAUUAAACCAUAAGAAUUGGGAUGUCCAAAUUGCCCUGUGUAAUGCUCCCUCUGCGGACAGGGCUGAUCAAGGUGAUGUUCAGGAGAGGGAUGGAACUGUUCUGGAAAGAAGCAAAAUGAAUAAAAGCAGAUUUGUUAAGCCAGAAAUGAAACGGGUAUUGUUAAAUAAAAAUCCUGUCGACGAUAAAAUACAGAAGUAUGGUGGGUCCAAAGCUGGAUCUCGUGUGGUUCCAUAUCAUGAAGAUAGUGAAGACUCAGUUCCUGUCCCUGAUGUCACUAAAGAUCUUAGGAAUGACAAAGAGAGUGAAGAUUUAUCUUUGAUCCGCCACCAGUUACAUCAAAUUGAGAAGCAGCAGUCAAGUAUACUUGAUCUUCUGCAGAAAUUCAUUGGAAACUCACAAAAUGGAAUGCAUUCUUUAGAGACCCGUGUACAUGGCCUUGAGUUGGCAGUGGAUGAGAUCUCAAAUGAUUUGGCUUUAUCAAGUGGAAGGAUGAUGAAUUCUGAUGCUCUUGAAAAUACAUGUUGCUUGCUACCUGGAGCUGAAUUUUUGAGCUCCAAAUUCUGGAGGAAAACCCAGGGCCGGUAUUCAUCCUCGAGGUUCUCUAGGCCUGGUGGCACCCCAUCACUUGCUGCUAUGCACUACAAAGCUGGCAGGAAUACUGAAACUGAAUUGACAAACAACAGAUUCAGACUUGAUGGAGGUUUUAUUACUAAUCCGCUGGCUCAUACUAAUUCGAGGGAUUUGGCUAGAUCAGAGCCAGUUUAAAAUGCAGAUGUGCUGCACAAUCCAGAUUCCAAGUUUGAUCUUGUGAUUCUCAAUCAGCUUUGGAAGUGUAACUAUGAUUUAAUCAGAAUUUGUGCUGCUCGAAAAUACUCCAUGUAGUCUUGUUACUGGUGAAGAGGGCGAGAAGCUGGCUAGACCAUACAUUCUACAACCUAGUACAGAAUUUCAUUUGCAUAUUCAUGAUAAAUCUUUGGACAAGAACAGCAGAUUGGAGUGAGUUCACGGCUAAAUACCACACUAUAUUUUAAAAGAGGGUGCAUUUUUAUAUGUAGAGAAGUGACAGGCUGCUUUCUUUUUUGUUUUAACUUUUAUGAUCAAGUAUUCGUUGUACAUUGCAUUCC